AUGGGCCAAGGCCUGUUGAGUGUUGGUUUUCGACCAGUUGCUGCCUGUGACCAGAACGGGCGCAUGCUUGACCUUUACAGGUCCCAGCUGGACGUGCCUUUGAUCUGUGGUGACAUUGCUGAUUUGUCCACAGUCAAGAAACUGUGGGAUGUCUACCCGAAAUCAGCGACCAUUUGCGCUGGUGUGUCAUGUCAGCCAUAUUCGUCCCUUGGGGACAAAGGAAGCGGAAGUGACCCCCGCGCUCGCAGCUUGCCAGCCACCCUGGCAUGUGCCCAUUUUCUGAGAGCAGUUGUUGUGAUCUUGGAAUGUGUCAGUCCUGCUCAGCAAGACACAUAUGUUCGCAUGCAUAUAGAUCGUUUUUGUCGAAAAACGGGUUUUCACUGCACUGAGGAAGUCCUGAGGCUUCAAGACUGUUGGCCAUGCUCCCGCAACCGAUGGUGGGCCAUCUUGUCUGCACCAGCCUUGGGCCCCAUCCAGUUUCGACAAAUGCCGGCGUACUCAGAAUGCAGCCAGAUCCAACAUGUGAUGCCGUACAUCAUUCGAUGGCCUUUCAAUCAUGAACAUGACCUUGCUUUGACCCAUGCUGAAAGAGUUGCGUUCCAGGUGGAUCAUGAAGAAGGAUGUCCUUACCUGAUGAAUAGGUCUGGCAUCCUUCCUUGUCCAUUGCAUGCUUGGGGGUCUCAAUUGCGGGCAUGUCCCUGUAAAUGCCGUAAUGCCCCCCUGUCAGCUGAGCGCCUUUUGCACCGGGGUUUGUUUGGGGUUGUGCUCCGAUCUGCUGCUGAUCGUGAUGGCCAGAGUACCCCAAGACAUAUUCACCCUUCCGAAUGUGCUGCUCUUGUUGGUCUGGACCUUGCUGCAGACUAUGGAGAGAAUGUCCUUUUGACGUUGGCAGGCAUUGGACAGAUUGCCUCACCUAUUCAAUCCACAUGGGUUGGAGCACACGUGAUCAGUCACUUUGCCUGGCUCAAAGAUGGAUCCAAACCAUUCCAUCCUACUGAGCAUUUGAAUGCAUAUAGGAGUUGGCUCCUUGCUCGAUGCAGGAUUUUGUGGCCGGUUGAUGUUGCUCCCCACACUACCCUGAAUGCUGAGGCCAAACUUUGGGAAUCGGUUGUUUUGCCCAAACUGCAUGACCUUUUGCACAUGGAUGAAUGGGAUUUUUUCAUGACUGAGCGAUGUCUUGCGGCAGUGAUGAGCCAGCUCAGGGAACAGCCUCCACCAGAGGAAAUUGCACGACCUCAACAUGCUGCCACAGCAAUGGAUGAAGGUAGCGCCAUGACUGACAGUGAGCCUGAUCCUGAAGUCCCGGCCGUUUUUGCCGAAGUUCCAAGGUUUCAUGUUGUGCAUGUCCCAGAAGGUUGCGCUGCCAUUUUGUACCCGCCUGAUCACUCUGUGUCUUUUGUGCGCAUUGAGGCUGGCACCACGGUGCAACAGUUGCUUGAGGCUGAAAGUAGAUUGUAUGGUUUUGAAUGGACCCAGGUCUCUGCAUUUAAGAUGGAUGGUACCCUGUGGCAGUUGCGUGACACCAUUUGCCCUGGCCAGUUGGCUCAGAUGUGUUUCAUCCCUCAUGUCCAUGCAGGUGACCCAGAGUACUUCGGUUCUCGCAUGCAGGUACCAGGCUUCCCUGGUGAAUGUGGCCAGUUGCCUAUGCAGAUUUGUCACACUGACCAUCCAGGGGAAUCCGGGCUACUCCCCUUCAAAUUGCCCGUGAAUGAUGCUGCAAGGGUCUUUUGUGCUGGUGAUGCCUUUCCCAGGAGCCUUCAUGAUGAUGUGGGGUCUACUGGACCUGAGGUUGGGGAAUACGGGCCACUCCCCUUCAAAUUGCCCGUUCCAUGCCAUGAAAUGUCUGGUCUGCAUGAUGGCGCCACAAUUGGGGAAUACGGGCCACUCCCCUGCAAAUUGCCCGUUGCCGAAACUGCUGCAGAGUCCGGUAGCUCAGAUGGAGUGCCAUUUGCACCAAUGCCUUUGCCUGAACUUGCCAUGACCCGCCCCGGGGAAUCCAGGCCACUCCCCUUCAAAUUGCCUGGCAGUAGUGACUCCCAUGUUGCCCCUGCGUCCAGUGCAGGUGACCGAUCGGAUGUGAUUCCCUCUGCUGAAUCUGAUGAGGUUGCACCCAGUGACAGACCGCAUGUUGUUUCACCCCCAGACGAGACAAAGAGCUCAGUUGCACUUGAUGGCAGUGUCCGUGUCUUGCAUCCGAAUCAGCCAGGGCAGUCCUUGCCAUGCAGCCCUCAUGCCUUGGACCAUCAAGGGGAAUCUAAGCCGUCCUCUAAGCCAAUGCCUGUUUUGCAUGGAGGUAGUGCCCCAACAGACCCCGUUGCUUGUAAUGCCACGACCAUGCAUGCUGCCCCACCAGCCGGUGGUGUACCGCCAUGUGCAUCCGUUGCCCGUAGCCCCCUGGUUUACCUUGACGCUGUAGGAUUAGGUCGCAUGCAGUGCUCCUUUCCCACCACCCAGGCAGUGGUCAAUUCCAUGCGUCAACAGGUCCUUACUGUUGAGGAUCGCAAGCUCAUCUUGGACAGGCAAGGCGCCCUGUGGGCAGAUGAUGAAAUUGCGUGGCACUUAGCCAACAUCCAGCGGCUCUGUGCACCAUGCCUUGAGCUCACCGUGAUUGACCCCCUGUUGGUCUUUGGUUGGGUUCAUGUUGGGUUUGACAAUUUCCAUGAUUGGCUUCGGCAACAUUGCCCAAAACCGUGUACCAUUGCCACUGUAGUGUAUGCCAACCAACAUUGGAUCCCAGCCUUUUUGAAGCCUAUGAAUGGAACCUUGUUUGCUCACACGUGGGAUUCCCAACAAGCAGACCAUGGAUGUUUGGAUGCCCUCUUUGCCCACCGGGCAGGUCACUUUGGCUUGCGUGAUCACCAACACAUCCGCCUUGUCCGUAUGUUUGACAUGGAUGAGGGGUGUGGUGCUAUGGCCAUUGCCUUCCUGGCCCACACGGCAUUGAAUCGCAUGCUCCCCAACACCCCAUAUGAAGUGGUUGAAUUCCAUAACAAGCUGCGAGAACAGUUCUGUCUUCAGGGUUUGAUUGGUGGGGUAUGCUCCAAGCCAUGGUUAUGGGGUAAUGGCCCAAUCCCUCAGGUUGAACAAGAGUUGGCUGCCUUUCUCAUUCAACAAGGUGUUCCCGUGGAGCAAUCAGCCAAUCGAGCCAAGUCUGCUCUACAGGCCAUUGGUGCUGCACCCAUUGCAGAAGCACUGCAGUCGCGCAUUCCUUGGAAGCAAUUGAAAACUUUGGGGAACCAAGUCAAGUACCAGUUCCUGUUGCCCAGCGAGUUGAAAGCCAAAAUUGCAGGUGUUGCUGGCAAGACAGCCAUUGGACGCCCCAAAGGAGGCAAGAAAAGCAAACGGGUCCCACAGGAAGAGGCGCCACUUGAGUUGGACCCUACCAAAUUUGCUGUUCAACCAGGGGUCUUUCAAGCAGCCAACCAUCCGCUCACACAGAUCCAGCUUAGUGAUGUGGGACCUUUGGCUGAGGGUUUUUGUUUUGCAACUAGAAAAGAAGCGGAGCCAUAUCUGAAACAUGGCCAGCCGGUUAGCCAGCUGCCGCUUGCCCUGUUGAUUCCACAGUGCAGUGGGUCUGACAUGGUCACUGCAUUGCCCAGCUGUAUGCUCACAGUCCCCUGCCGAUGUGUCGUCAAUCAGGAGCCGCUUUUGGUUGAUGUGAUGAUGGUUCAGAUUGGUCAGGGAUUUGUUGAAAAAGCCAUGAGUCCCCAAACUCUCAAGGUUGAUGCGGUUGAAGCUGGGGCCCUCAAGCUGAUUGUCUUUCGGGAUGAAAUUGAAGGCUCAUGGGAGUCCUUCACCCAAGCUCCCAUGCGGUAUAUUGUCCACCACAUGCCACUGCUGCGCCUGUGCAAGGAGGAAAAAUGUACGUGUCCCCACUGGCAUAAUCAUGAAGGCCUGGACACUUGUGAUGCCCUGUUGGAUGUGUGGAGACCCCAGUACUUGAAGCCGGGGUACCGACCUGACAACCCCUCCAGUGCAUCCAUGUAUGGUGUGUUCAUCCGAACACCCAUGUGCUUGGUUCAGCCACUUUUGAAAAUGAGCGGCGCAGGCCAAGAAACUGCCCAAUACCGCCAGAUGUGGGCUGUGAUUGAGGAAACAGCCUCUCGUGCGAGCCCUGUGCCAAUUGGCAAAGCAUCCAGAGGCCGAGCUCAGACAUUGAAACCACGGAAAGUUGUGGGACAUGCCCAUGCUCCUCUCCGGGCCCCAAGAGCUGGUGAUGUGCAGCCUUCCUACUUUGGAAUUUCCCUGAAACAUGCUCAUUGGUAUCGACAGGUGAGACGCCUGCAGGCUUUUGUCAGGUUUGUGAAGGUUAGGAGACCCACAGCUGACCCGUCCCAUGCGGGCUCCACUUGGGGUGCCAUUAAACGUGCCAAGGGUUUUGAACCAAGUUUUGCAGACUGGUGGAGACACAGCACCACUCGUGUUCAUGGAGCCCCUGCUGAGCUUCCUGAGCAUCCACCUGACCAUGGUGUUGCCCAAACCAUCUAUGAUACCUGCCUACUGGCCUUGCGCAAACUUGAACUUGAUUUAAGGCGAUCGAGCCGGGCCCAUGCCAAAGCACGACGUCUGGCUAACCCCCAGCUCAUUUUCCAGGACAUUCGUGUUCCUGGCCCUGAAAGCCUUGAUUUGCUGAUUUGCCCAACCCAGGCGAAGGUCAUUCAUGUAGAUGCUGACAUGGGUUGUCCGAUGACUGAAGCUGAUGUACGCGCUGAACUGCGACGUAAGAAGACCCGCACUGCCAAAGGUCUUGAUGGGGUUAGUUUGGCUGAUUUGAAGCAUAUGCCCUCUGGGGUCAUCCAAAGCUAUUGCCGCUUCUUUGAACAUGCUGAACUUUGUGGUUGUUGGCCCCGUCAACUUGCUGUAGGAAGGGUUGCUUCCAUAGCUAAGACCCCCACCCCAACCGGGGCUGCCGAUUACAGACCCAUUACAGUGCUAAGCCUGGGAUACAGAGUUUGGAGCUCCUUCCACUCUCGCAAUUUGAUUGCUGCAUUGGACCCCUGGCUCCCUGCAGGCCUUUUUGGGUCUCGUUUGGCUUGUCACUCAGGUCAUGUCUGGUCCAGCAUCCUGCUUGCCAUCGAAGAGGCCAACGAAUGUGCCAUCCCCCUAGCGGGAGUUGUCUGCGACAUUGAGAAGGCAUUUAAUUGCCUUAGCCGCACUGUUGUGUUUGCAAUUGCCACCCUCUUGCAGAUGCCAAUGAAUGUGCUGACAGGGUGGGCAGGUAUGCUUACUCAGGUCUCCAGACACUUUGAAGUCCGACAGUCUUUGUCCCCGGCCACAUAUAGUUGCACAGGCUUCCCUGAGGGGGAUGGUUUAUCGGUGGUUGCCAUGAUCCUUUUGGAUUGUGCCUUGCAUUGGUGGAUGGAAGAAGGGACCAGAUUGUGCCGCACCCUCACCUAUGUUGAUGACUGGCAGAUGCUUCUUCAAGACCCCAACCAUGUCACGCAUGCAAUGCAGAACCUUGAACAUUUUUGCAGAAUGGUGGAUCUCAAGUUGGACCGUAAGAAAACGUAUGUAUGGUGCCUGACCCGAGAAGGCAGACAAAUGCUCCGUUCCCAGGGGUAUCAUGUUGGUCAUGGAGGCCGCAAUCUUGGAGCUCAUUUGCAGUUGACGCGACAGCACACCAACUCAACCCUUCAAGAGCGCGCCCGCUCCCUUACUGAACUGUGGGAUCGGCUUAGACUUUCAAGUAGCCCAUACAAGCUCAAGGUCCGUGCCUUGACUGUCGCAGCAUGGCCUAAAGGGUUACAUGGUGUUGCAUCAACAGCCCUUGGAAGUCAUUGGAUUGCCAGACUGCGUUCGGGAGCGAUGCGAGGAUUGCAAGCCGAUGGUGCGGGCUGCAGCCCCUGGAUCCAUUUAGGCCUCAUUGAAAAUCCACUAUGCGACCCAGGCUUUUGGUGCAUCAUGCAGACCAUUCGUUGUAUCAGGGAUAGUGCUACAGCUGAUUUCCUGAAGCCGGUCCUGACACGUUUGGUGACUGAACCUUCCGGGGUGCCUGCCAACUCAUUUACCCAUACCUUGUUAGCUAGGGUGCAGAAAAUUGGAUGGUCGCUGCGGGAUGAUGGUAGGUUCCAAGACAGCCUUGGUCCUUUUUGCCUGUUUCAGUCCAAUUUCUUGGAUAUCGAAGCCCGGGCCGCGAUGGGCUGGCAAGGGGUAGUUGCACAACAAGUCAGCCACCGUCAGGGGUUGCAAGACUUGCAGUUGGCUGAUGUCAGAUCCACACGUUUGUGGCUUGCGGCACAGGGAGCUGAAGAUGCGGGCCAUUGUCGAAAGUUGCUCAACGGAGCUCAUUUCACUGCUGAUGCCAAGCAGUAUUGGUGUGAUGAACCGACUGGGAUAUGCCCAUUUUGCUCUUGUUCUGACUCCCGAUACCACAGGUUUUGGCAAUGUGAGAUGUUUUCAGCUUACCGCAGUCACGUUCAUCCUUUGGUUUGGAGCAUGAUUCCGCAGCUGCCUGAGUUUCUUACUUGUUUUGGUUGGAGCAUCAUGCCUGCCACAUGGAAACCAUUUAUGCAAUCCCUCCUUGACAUUUGUGAGCCUGCACCUGACCUUUCGUGUGCUUUGCCGGCUCAUCAGAACUGGGUUGACCUUUUUACAGAUGGCUCUUGCCAAUACCCACAUAUGCCGUGGCGAUUGGCAAGCUGGGCUGUUGUCCAGGCUGACCCGACACAACUUGAGGUUGAAGCCAUGCGAUCUGUUGUUUUAGCUGCAAGCCCACUUCAGGGAAUGAUUCAGACUGCCUUUCGUGCGGAGCUCAGGGCUGCAGUUGAGGCAUUGCGGAUUGGCAGGGCUCUUGGAUGCAAAUUGGCUGAACUGGUAACCGAACUAGGGGCAGGCUCCCUCAUUGUCACAAAAGUUGCAAGUCACCAAGAUGGCCUUCGCGCUACCACUGCUGUGCAUGGAUGGUGUUUUGUGAACAAUGGUUUGGUUGACCAUGCUGCCAAGGUUGCUCAUUUGUUGCGACCACAUGCUUUUCUUGAACUACAUGAACAGUACAUUGCUGACACGCGUUUUGCCAUGUUUGUUUCACGUGAGGUGCAAGAGGUUCUUUUAGCCAUCAGCCGCGCAGUGAUCCAACAUCAGACCGCUGCCGAUGAAGAAGCCCACGGCCAAAUGGUAGACGCUGUGCCUAAGCUUGCUGCUGAUGGUGGAGACUUUGGGCCUUUGGAUCCUCAGCCUUGGGUUUCAGCUGGCAUGUGUACGAAAUUUGGAGAGCGGAUUGUCUGUCAGAUUGCAAAAUGGUUUCAGAACGCGCGCGAAUCCUUUUCUAACUCUCAUGCUCAUUGGAUUUCCUUCUACCAGUUGUAUGUCGACUACAUGUUGUGCAGUGGUGAAGGUGGUCCAAUCAAGCAGGACCGAUGGACUGACCCGGGCUCUAGGCCCAAUGCAGACCUUUUGGAUAUUUCCUUUAAACUGCGAUGUCGAUGGUUUACCCAUUUGGUUAAAGAGCUCUGGAAGCUAUGGACCUACAACAUCAGAGUUGCGUUCACACGGCCACAUUCUGAAACACUUAUUUUGCAUGCCUCGUGCGCUUGGCUCCCGUGGCCAAUGGACAGGCUGGAUUCCAUUGAAGCUUGGAUGAGUGCGCGUCUUCAGGGACCGGCCAAACGUGACGGCCGGCUGCUUCGAUUGCCGACGGCAGUCAAAGACUGCAACAUGCCUGGAAUCUCAGGCACAAUGGAGGUAAGGUAA